AAGAGGAUGGGGAAAGAAGAAAAGGAAGAGAAGUAGAAACAUUUAGGAGAUGAAGGAGUGGAGAAAAGGAACAAAAACAAUUGAGGGAGAGACAGAGAGACAUCUGAAGAAUGAAAACAAAAAAAUUGAAUAGUAAGCUUCAGCAGCACAGAAAACAACAGUUUACUGUUAUUCACUCUUAGUACGUGCAAGGAGCUGUGAUAGGUGCUUCACUUGGAGUCUCUCAUCCAGUUCUCAUAGCAAGCCAAUGUGUGCUGCCACUCUCCACAUCCUCUGUUAGGGAGCAAACUUGCUUGAUAACAUGCUUUUGCGAAGUUCAGGAAAAUUGAAUGUGGGCACCAAGAAAGAGGAUGGUGAGAGUACAGCCCUCACCCCUCGCCCAAAGAUCUUGCGAUGUAAAUGCCACCACCAUUGUCCAGAAGACUCAGUCAACAAUAUUUGCAGCACAGAUGGAUAUUGUUUCACAAUGAUAGAAGAAGAUGAUUCUGGGAUGCCUGUGGUCACUUCUGGAUGUCUAGGAUUAGAAGGCUCAGAUUUUCAGUGUCGGGACACUCCCAUUCCUCAUCAAAGAAGAUCAAUUGAAUGCUGCACAGAACGGAAUGAAUGUAAUAAAGAUCUACACCCUACACUGCCUCCACUAAAAAACAGAGAUUUUGUUGAUGGACCUGUACACCACAAGGCCUUACUUAUAUCUGUGACUGUCUGUAGUUUGCUCUUGGUCCUUAUCAUUUUAUUCUGUUACUUCAGGUAUAAAAGACAGGAAACCAGACCUCGGUACAGCAUUGGAUUAGAACAGGAUGAAACUUACAUUCCUCCUGGGGAAUCCCUGAGAGACUUAAUUGAGCAGUCUCAGAGCUCAGGAAGCGGAUCAGGCCUCCCUCUGCUGGUCCAGAGGACUAUAGCUAAGCAGAUUCAGAUGGUGAAACAGAUUGGAAAAGGGCGCUAUGGGGAAGUUUGGAUGGGAAAGUGGCGUGGCGAAAAGGUAGCUGUGAAAGUGUUCUUCACCACAGAGGAAGCCAGCUGGUUCCGAGAGACAGAAAUAUAUCAGACAGUGUUGAUGAGGCAUGAAAACAUUUUGGGGUUCAUUGCUGCAGAUAUCAAAGGGACGGGGUCCUGGACCCAGUUGUACCUAAUCACAGAUUAUCAUGAAAAUGGUUCCCUCUAUGAUUACCUGAAGUCCACCACCCUAGAUACUAAAUCGAUGCUGAAGUUAGCCUAUUCUUCUGUCAGUGGCCUAUGUCACUUACACACUGAAAUCUUUAGUACUCAAGGCAAACCAGCAAUUGCCCAUCGAGAUCUGAAAAGUAAGAACAUCCUGGUGAAGAAAAAUGGAACUUGCUGUAUAGCCGAUCUGGGCUUGGCUGUUAAGUUUAUUAGUGAUACGAACGAAGUUGACAUACCACCCAACACUCGAGUUGGCACCAAACGCUAUAUGCCUCCAGAAGUGUUGGACGAGAGCUUGAAUAGAAAUCACUUUCAGUCUUACAUCAUGGCGGACAUGUACAGUUUUGGACUCAUCCUUUGGGAGGUUGCUAGGAGAUGUGUAUCAGGAGGUAUAGUAGAAGAAUAUCAGCUUCCCUAUCAUGAUCUAGUGCCCAGCGACCCCUCUUAUGAGGACAUGAGAGAGAUCGUGUGUAUCAAGAAGCUGCGUCCCUCCUUCCCCAACCGGUGGAGCAGUGACGAGUGUCUAAGGCAGAUGGGGAAACUCGUGACAGAAUGCUGGGCUCACAAUCCUGCUUCAAGGCUGACAGCCCUGCGGGUUAAGAAAACACUUGCCAAAAUGUCAGAGUCCCAGGACAUUAAACUCUGAAUUGAGGGCAAAAAAUAAGCAUCUCUUAUGGCUGAGAAAGCCAGUAGAUACUCUUCUGUUUGUGGGCAGAGCAAAAGAUGUUCCAGAAGCAUCCACAGUACAAGCCGUGAACAUCGUCCUGCUUCCCAGUAAGUCUAGCCUCACCUCUCAGGGAGCAGCUUGGACAAAGAGAAGUUCCCAGAAACACGGAUUCAUCGUGUCUGUUUGUAGGAGGGAGAAACUGCUUGGGUAACUUGUUCAAGAUAUGGUGCAUGUUGCUUUCUAAGAAAGCCCUGUAUUUUGGGAUUGCCUUUUUUUUUCAAAAGAUGCUUUAAUUUUGCCAAAAUAAAACAAAUAAUGUAGAUGUUUUAAGGUUUAUACUAUUAUAGUUUAAAUAAUAACAGCAAAGUUCUUCCCAGAAACUCUCCUGGAAGGUAAAUUAAAAUACGUGUUUCCAUUGGUAAAAUUUUGUUGCACUCUACCAACCAACAGUCGGUGAAGUUGGAGAACAGAAUGGAACUCAUCUUCAGAGCCCCUGCGCCCCGCGCCUCUUCAGACCACUCAGGCCAGGCCUGCACCGGGGCGGCCGCAGCAAUGUGAAUGCACCCGGGUACAAGCACCACCUGUCUGGGACCACGUUUGGGGAUUCCUACAGGUGACCUUUUGCAGCUUUAUAGGAUAUGGAACAAAUGAAGGUUUUAUGUGACUGUUAGAAGUAAAUGUUGACACUAUUCUUCAGAACGGCUUUGUGUUUCUGAUUGUGUUAGGCUUUUUCUUUCAUGGUAAAGUCCCUUCUUUUUCAUUAAACACAAACAAAGCUUUUUUUUUUUUUUUACGUGCAGAGUAAGAACAAACAUUAAGCACAAACAAAGCUUUUUUUUUUUUUUACAUGCUUUUGAUCUCUCAAAUGAAGGGAUCAAUAUUCAGUAUAAAAUUGCCAUCAGUUGUGUUGAAGACAAGGCGCUUUAAAAUAGAGAUACUUUGCUCUUGUGCUGUAAGCAGAUCAUGUCAGAAAGGUAGAGGAUGAGGGUACAGGUGCACAUGGCUUGUUUCUUCUGUACGUGGAAGAGCCCUUCACAGAAGCGCAAGGGGAAAUGUAUGCACAACUUAUUAUGUACAGACAAAGGUGGUUUCUUUUUGUUAUUAUCUGUCUUUUUGGUGUCUGAGUUAAGGGAAGGAGAGGAAACAUAUGUUAGGUUAAUUUAACUAAUUUUAAUUUUAAAAUAGAUAAAUAUAACCUCCAAAUGGGACAGCAGAGGAAUGCUAGUGGAGGCCACAGAAUAUUAUGGCUGCUGUGAUUUAUUAUUCUAGAAUAGAUAUGGAUCGAAUAUGUAUAUCUUAAUAUCUUAUGUGAUAGCUUCACAUCUUAGGAAUGCUGACUCAGUUUAUUUUAUUCUCAUAACAUUCAAUACACUUUUUAACUUAUUAUUUUUUCUUCUCUGUGGCACUUGUGCAAAACAUCUUUUCACCUAUUCAAUUAUGUGGGGUUUUAACUUUUGAGCAACAUGAAUCAAAUCAUUGACAGGGCCAGUAUUCCUCAGCAACAGGAACCUAAUAAAGGUUAAAAUUGUACACAUCCCUCUCAACUUUAUUCAUUUACUUCCUGACUGUGGUUUUCUUUUGCUUCUUAGAAAUUCUGUAGUGUUUAGUAAAGAACUGGAAAGUACCCCCCUGCCCAGCCCUUAAAAAAAAAAAAAAGAUGUUCCUUCCAGAAUACUCCAGGGGGCAGUGUUUUAUAACACAUUUUCAUUUCACCACUUGGUGGCUGAAGGAUGGAGGGUUUUGAAAAUGUGACAGCUGCAUUAAAAAUGAGAAAGCAUUUUCCUCACUUCUGAAGUGGGCUUGCACUGGUGACUUGUUUUUCCAGAAAAGCAUCCUAGAGCAGAGACCAGCUGUGAGCUGUGCUUACGGUUUGGGAGAAGCAUAAGGAGAAACAGUGUUCUGUAUCCAGCAUUCACUCCCCAGUGCUUCAUAACCACGUCUCCUUUGUAACAAAGAAAGAAUAUUUCCUUAAUCCUUGAAUAUGAAAAAGGUUUCUGCUUUUUCAAAGAUUAAAAACAGUUGGUUCCAAAUAUAAUCAGAAUGCUGCUUUUAUUGAUAUUAAGAUAACCUCAAUAGCAGUGUAAAGGUUCCUUUCUCUUGCGUCAAAUCGUAUUCUUUGUGAUAGCUUAGGAGUAUGUGGCUAGAGCUAAGUGUGAUAGUCAUCUGAGCCUAGGAGAGAAACUUCAGUGCCUCUAAUCAGAUUGUCUAUGAAACAAAUAAGUAAACAUUUAUGUCAGUUAAGUGGGGACAUGUUCGUGUUUCUUGAUUUUCCCUAAAUUUAAGCAAUGCUGGGAUUAUCUCUUAGGUAAAAAUGUGUUUUCUUUUAGGUAAGUUCUUAUACAUGGAUAACUUCAAAUCAGAAUAUAUUGUGGAGAGGUGAUGAUUUCAAAGUAAACUAGAUUUCUAGGGAGGUGUUGGUUCCUGUAAAGAAUGGGAAGAAAUUAAAAUAGUAUCCAAAUUUCUUCUAUAUUAUUUGUUUGGUUACUUUGGAAAAAUGAGUAGCUUACUUUCUAAUCCCCAACCCGAUUUACUCACUAUGAACAUUUAAAAAUUAUUCCAGAGAUACUUAAAAAGACCCAUUUAGUUACUAUAGUCUUUCAAUGAAACAAGAAUUUAUUUAUGAAUAGAGUUUUCUUUGUAUCUUACCAAAAUCCACCUUGCUUAGGGAAUAUUAAAUUGUUCUUAAAGAGACUACCUACUCACUUCCAAAUAAUUCAUUUUGAUUUUUAAAUUUCUGGUAGCUCAGAAGUGAAUUUUAUUUUUUUGUUUUGUCUUUCAACAGAAGAGUGGGAACCUGGAAAUAAUGUAGUUGAUGCUUACUUUUAGGACUAUUUCAAAGCCUAAAAUUUUCUUCUAAUCUUUUCCCUGCAAAGGAAUCCUAAAAUACUACUUGUUGGCUAAUAUAAGUUUUGUAUGCUAAGAUGUUUGGGUUUAUAGUUUAUGUAUGUUUGUAUAUAUUAUAUAAAUAUAUAUUGUAUGUAUAAAUAUUAUGUUCAGUUUGGAGUCUGGCACAACUCCAUUAUGUGGAUUAGAGCGUAAAAUAUUAUAGAGGAUAAAGUACUAAAUGAAACGUAAUAUUUAUUUAUAAAAGGUGUAGAUUGUUAAAUCACAGGCGGCCGUGCUAUGAACAUUGUGUGUGAGGAGACCGGCCUUUGACCUCCUGGAAAGCACAGCUCAGAAGUCACUAGCGACCAUUCUUUUUAUUCUCAAAACAAAGCUUCUCAGAAAACACGCUAAGAUUUUAUUUACAGGGAAUUCUGUGACACAUUUCAAUUGCUGUGUGAUCAGGUAGAGCAAGUCCUGAGUAAUGACUGACUUUCACGUUUCUGCAGUCAUGCCUAUUCAUUAGAAGUUAGUGUUUUAUGUUGUUGGUCUGUUCUGGUUCUUCUUUGUAGGUGAAAGGCACUGAAAGAAGUACAGUUUCUUAAAACUUGAAUAAUUCUGUAGUUAUAUCUCCUUAGAAAACUUAGUCACAUAGCCGUGGAAACGAAAGAAGGCAUCAGAAGUGACUUAAUUUAGCGGUUAUCAUUCCUUUUGUAAAACAAAACAAAAAAACAAUGCCAUAUUUUUUGGAGAAAAGUUAGAAUAUAUAAGGGAUUUUGUUGUCUGUUUCAAAAGAAGACUCAUUUGUGUUCUUUUGGGGAACCAGUGCCUUAUUGAAUUUGUAUAUACUGUAAUUAUUCAGGACUAGGGAACAAACAAUUGUAUUUGUUACAAAUUGUAUAUGGCUUUGUUUUAACAUUCCCCCGGAAUAAAAUGGUUUCA